GAAUUUAGUCUAUUCCUAAGUGAUGUGUUGUUCGAUUUUGUGUAGUUAAAACAACAAUGACAGAAACUGGCCCGGCAGUUUCAUACAAAGACUCAAAGUCAACACAAUCAGAAGUUGAUAAAGAAACUACAAGUGAAAAAAAAGUUGCAACCACAAAAAGUUCUCUAGAUGUGGAGGUAAGGAUUGGGCCGACUUACACAAGGCGUAAAAAAAAAUACCUGUGGUUCCGGUUCCCGACCGACCCUAUUUUUUUUCUGCCGACCCUAUUAUUUUUUCAGCGCGAUUGACCGUACGACCUUAUUUUCUCCAGGUGGUUGCGGGCUGCUCGUACAGUGUGCCAAAAUGGCGUCUGUUGUCACACUAAUUAUUGAACCAAAUUGCCUAACUUCGUCCAUAGGAAAUACGCAUCUCUAGUUAAUAUUGAUGUCGGGACCCUACUGCAAAUCGCCCAGCAAAAAAAACGCUAAAACCAUGAAAAAAAUCUUAAAAAAAAAAUUAUUUCCGACCUACCGACCCUAAUUUUUUCACGAUAUGAAACCGGAACCACAGGUAUUUUUUUUUACGCCCAACGUAUUUCGCCAAUGAACUUUGACGUCAUAAUGUCAGUCGAUCAACUACACGCGUAAAAACGCACAGGUUGUUGCAAUAUUGAUGAAAACAGGAUUGAACAAUUUUUCUGUGUUGGUGCUGUGUAUUCAGGUGAAUAAUACAGAAAAACACAAGAAAAAUUCAUAUUACUAGAACACAUUGGUAUUGAAGGAACUAGAUACUGUUCCGAAAUAUCACUUACUCGAACCGUCCUGACCGCGUAGCUCAGUUGGAAGAGCAUUGGGCUAGUAUUCCAAAGGUCGUAGGUUCGAAUCCCACCGUGGCCGGGCAUAUUUUUCAAGCUCGCCCGGUGUGGAUAUGCACUCAGAGUAACAUCGCAAACAUAGGAUUGAACAAUGUUUUGCUGCCCACAUUGUUCAGUUGUCAACAAUAUUGAACAAUAGUGUUACACCCGAUUCAGGCUCAACAAUAAUCAAUAUUGUUCAAUAUUGUUGACAAGUGUGAACAACGUGGCAGCAAAACAUUGUUCGAUCCUGUUGAGCAGCGGGCUCGGCGUUUUUUGCCGUGAAAAAGUGACGUCUCAAUUUCGAUUUUUAAUGAUAAUUUUCAACGUAACAUGUUAUACUGGAACCAAAGUUCCUUAAAACCGUUCAUAAAUAGCACGCUUCACGCAAUAUUCAAAUUAAUUUCGUCGCAGCAACAUAUAUUACGUUAAAAUCCAACGUGUAUAUCAAUGAUUAUCUACCAAUAACGAAAAAAUCGGCCCCAUACCGAUUAUCGGUCAAUCACCGGAGUCACAAGUAAUGCAGCUAGUAGUAUAGCCACCUUGUACGAUGGUACAAAAUGUUCUAUUGUUCAACGGUUUGGUCAAACACUUCGUCUACCAACAUUAAGAAACUACAGUUGGUACAAAAUUUUGCAUGCAGGAUAAUAACAAAUAUUGGAAAGUUCGACCAUAUUUCGCCGGGCUUACGCGAACUUAACUGGCUCCCAGUAAAGGAACAAUUACUACUAAGAGAGGCUAUUAUGAUGUACAAAUGUGUCAAUGAACUUGCUCCACAUUAUUUGAGCGAUUUAUUCACAAAACGUUCUGACAUUCAUCAACGAGAUACACGUAGCCAUGACUCACUGCAAAUACCAUUGUACAAAACUUCUGCAGGUCAAAGGUCCUUUCAUUAUAGAGGCGUUACACUCUGGAAUGAUUUGGACAUAAAGUACAAAAAGUUAGACUCCCUAAAAACUUUCAAAAACGAACUGAAGCGAAGCAUGCUAGAACAAAUAUAUAAGUAGAUAAUUUUACCUUGUUAAACUUUAUACAAAUGUCUUACCUUUUUACCUUAAUUUAAAUUCUAGAUUCUAAAACUUGUAAAUAGAACAACAUUUAUUUUUUGUAAAUCAGUGUUGAAAAUCCCUAUUUAGGGAACACAAUAAAGUAUGUAUGUAUGUAUGUAUGUAUGUAUGUAUGGUAAUGUAAUAUUCUCUUCAAUCAUUGCGUUAUCAUAGCGGCAAAAAUAUACAUGCUUGUGUACGCGAAACUUUGGGAUAUCAAUGGAGGAUAUAACAUGGACAGUUAUUGAAGUCCUCCAUGCCUAAAAGGAUAAUAUAAUGUCAUUGAAAUCUCUUCUUACAGGCGGAGAAAGACAGUAAAAAAAGGAAGGAAUCAGUCAAUAAAGUUUGCCAAAAAAUUAACGUAAUAAAUGUUUUGGAGCCGCCAACUAAUCGCAGAGACAGAAAGAGUGCACUGCAGAGAUUCAACUUAUUUCACCAUUUGAUUGUGAACGAGGAACACAAAGUACUUUAUUGUUUUAUGCCUAAAGUUGGUUGUUCUAACAUGAAGAGGAUAUUUGUGGUCAUGGAAGGAUUGUAUCCGAGUGUAGAGAAAGUUAACAUUCAUAUAAUGAAUCAGGAAAUAGUACGUUUGGAUAAUAAAAAGUUCACUACAGAACAACAAAAGUAUAUGCUUAAAAACUUCUACAAGUUCAUGAUUGUACGAGAUCCUUUCGAGCGGCUCGUGUCUGCGUACCGAAAUAAAUGGCAAAAUAAAAGAAACAUUGAGCUUCAUGCCCACUUGGGGAAAACGAUAAUAGAGAAAUAUCGUUAUAAUAAUACCAGAACGGUUGAAACUGGAAAUGAUAUGAGUUUCACGGAGUAUGCAAGAUAUUUGAUUGACAGUCCGCCUUGGGAGGUCAACGAGCAUUGGAUGCAAUAUGAAGAACUAUGCAGGCCUUGUAACGUGAAAUAUGACUUCAUCGGCUCUAUCGACACUCUAAGCCGAGAUGUGACCCAUGCUAUGAGACAAAUACAUGUAAAUGAAACCAAGCAUCAUUUGGUGCACAUGAGGGGUACGCCACUAACCAAAUCAAAACAAACAACAGCAGAUUUCUUAAAAGAACUUCCUAGAAAGUAUUUUGAUCAACUAAUGGCUAUUUAUAAAACAGACCAUGAGUUAUUUGGUUACCCUCUGCCCAAAUACGAAACAUUAGACAAGCGCUACACCUCGCCUGGCGAAAAUAGUAACAGUUAAUUCAAUCAAGGUUUCCUUUGUAAUAAUAAAAACUCAGAACCUCAAACUCUGUGUGCAAAUGAAACGUUUAUUGUUCAUUUGUUGUGCAAUUUAAUUGAGCAUGAUUAAGGCAUCGAUCAAGUGUGGUGUGAGAGUAUCAGUGAUUUUUGGGCAUCUGAAGUAUUCUCAUUCGAUAAAGCUGAAUGUAGAUGGGCUGUUGAGGGUCACCAAGAAUGGGAGGGGGCAGGGAGGCACUUUCCUUGGGGCCCCAUGGAGUUUAAUGUAAUAAAGUGCAAUUUAUUGUAAAUUCAAUAUAAUUCAAUAAUCAUUUCAUCAAAUUGUG